AGCGGGGCGGGAUGCGGGGGCGGGGCUGAGGGCGGAACGGGGCGGGAUGCGGGGGCGGAGCGGGGGCCGGGCCGGGCCGCAGCUUCCGGGGCCGCCGCAGGUGGGUGCGGGGCGGGGGUGACCCGUGGGCCCCGGGGUCGCGCGUGCUCCGCUGCUGCCGCCCCGUCCCUCCCUCCCCCCCACCCCACGGCGAGCCCCCCCGGGCCAGCCCGCGUGGCCCGCCCGGACCCCGGCCCCGCCCGUGCACCCUCCCGCAAACAGCUCGGCUGCCCCACGGCGGGUGCAGCCCCGGGUGCCUCUCUGUAUAACCCGCACUCCCCCGCACAGCCCGGGUUCAGCCCCCGGCGCCCUUGUACCGCACCCCACGCGCGGUGUGUGCAGCCUGGGGAGCCCCCCGUCCCCCCCAGCACCCCGGGUACAGCCCCGGCUGCCCCCGCACCCCUACCCCACACCGUGGAUUAAGUCCCAAGUGCCCUCCCGUACCCCCCCCCUCCCCCAAACACCUUGGGUACAAGCCCGGGUGCCCCUCUGUGCCCCCCGGCUGCCCCGCACCCCUACCCCACACCGUGGGUGCAGCUCCGGGUGUCCCCAUACCCCCCCGGCGGGUACAGCCACCCCGCCCCGGGGGCUCUGACACCCUGGGCCUCCCAGCUGAGCCUUCUCCUCCACCGUAUCAUGACACAGACCCCAGAGGGGCCCGAGCCUCCCACGGGGGUCACUGACACCAGUGGGCGUGAGGUGGGCACGGGGCUGGGGCCCUCACCCCUCUGAUCCCAGCGGGAGCAGCAGCAGCUCCCUGCGCAGAGCCCUCGGCUCCCUCUGCCAUGCUGCGGCUGCGCCUGCUGACCUGGGACGUGAAGGACACGCUGCUGCGGCUGCGGCAGCCGGUGGGCGAGAGCUACGCGGCCCAGGCCCGCGCCCACGGGCUGCGGGUGCCGCCGGCAGCCCUGAGCCGCGCGUUCCGGGAGGCCUACGGCGCCCAGAGCCGGCUCCUCCCCAACUACGGCUGCAGCCAGGGGCUGAGCUCCCGCCGCUGGUGGCUGGACGUCGUGAAGCAGACCUUCAGGCUGGCGGGCGUUCACGAAGACCAGGUCCUCACCCUGAUGGCAGAGAACCUGUACCACGACUUCUGCAGUGCCCACAACUGGGAGGUGCUGCCGGGAGCCAGCGAGACCCUGAGCCGCUGCUGCCGGCUCGGGCUCCGCAUGGGAGUCGUCUCCAACUUCGACAACAGGCUGGAAAGCAUCCUCUCCCAGUGCAACCUGCGGCGCCACUUCGACUUCAUCCUCACCUCCGAGGAGGCAGGUUUUGCCAAGCCAGACAGGAGGGUGUUUGAGCAAGCCCUGCGCCUCGGCGGGGUCCCCCCGGAGCAGGCUGCUCACGUCGGGGACGACUACGAGCGGGAUUACAGGGCAGCCCGCGCCGUGGGCAUGCACGGCUUCCUGCUGCGGCCUGCCGGGCAGGGCCCGGAGCCCCACGUGCCCCCCGAACACGUCCUGCCCACGCUCGGCCACCUCCUGGCUCGGAUCGAGAAGGGAUAGCUGCGUUUCAGAGGAGGACCCACACCCCCGUGGGGUGGGGAACCCGUCCUGGCGUGGGAUUUCUCACUGUCCCUUGGGAAGGGAAAUGAAAUGAGUGGUUCUGAGCGCCGGGAGCAGGCGCGGAGCAGGAGGAGGGGUGUUGAUGCAGUAAAAUGGAUCUGACACAUUCAGCGUUGCUGCUGAUGUCUUUCAUCGCCCUGAAAACACUACGGAAGAGGGUCAGCGGGGGUGUCUUCCCCUAGUGGAGCUGGGUCAAGCUGCACAGGCUCAUCCUGGCAGGAGGGAUGGAGAGGGACACUGAGGUUUAUCCCUGCUCGGUCACCCCCGGGUGAGGAUCAAGCAUCCCCCCCCCCCGUGCAGGCACCACAGCAGAGCUGAUGCUGGUCCCAUCCAGGGAAGGUCUGUCCACACAGAGCACCCUGGGUGCCCCUGCACCCUUCAGUGCCACCACCUCACCAGCAUCCCCUCCUCUUCCCAGCAGGGGCGGCCAGGCAGCAGUUGCAGCCCUCCUGCUGUGGGCAAAACAGCUGGGAGCUGGGCAAGUUUGUGUAAUUUAAUAUAUUGCCAAAUUAUUGAUUUGUGUAUUGAGAAAUAAAGAUUCCCUGGCUCAACUCCA